GCGCAUCGCACGACUUCUGCCUCUGGUGCUGCUGCUGCGGACACACAACCCGGCUGUCCUGCACUGAAACGGGGCACGCAACUGACACUGUCACCAUCUUAACUGGAGGGGUUCGCUCUGUGGAUACAGUUGCACUUUAAUUGAUCACUCAUCAGCUUCACAAUGAUCAAGAACGGUCAUCACAACCACCAAGUGAGCACGUCAGCGGGGAAAGACGCAGGGACGACCCCCAGCGCUGCAGCCUGCAGUCCCGAAAAGAGGAGGCGAAGAUUCCGAGUGUGGUGUGACGGCUGCUAUGACAUGGUUCAUUAUGGCCACUCCAACCAGCUGCGACAGGCCAAGGCCAUGGGAGAUUACCUCAUCGUUGGAGUACACACAGAUAGUGAGAUCGCGAAGCACAAGGGUCCUCCCGUCUUCACUCAGGCUGAAAGAUACAAAAUGGUGCGGGCCAUAAAAUGGGUGGAUGAGGUCGUUGAAGGAGCGCCUUACGUCACCACCCUCCAGACCCUCGACAAGUACAACUGUGACUUCUGUGUGCACGGAGAUGAUAUAACACUAACAGUGGAUGGAAAAGACACAUACGAAGAAGUGAAGAAGUCAGGGCGGUACAGGGAGUGUAAGAGAACCCAGGGAGUUUCAACUACAGAUCUGGUCGGCAGGAUGCUACUGAUGACCAAAGCACACCACAGCAACAUAGAUAGUUCAGACUAUCAGCAGCACACAGACAACUUUGGAAAGGGGUCACAGGGUCAGAAGGGCCACAGUCCCUGGACAGGUGUGUCUCAGUUCCUGCAGACUUCACAGAAAAUCAUCCAGUUUGCUUCAGGACAAGAGCCCCAACCCGGAGACACAAUUAUCUACGUGGCAGGAGCCUUUGACCUCUUCCACAUUGGCCAUGUGGACUUCCUGGAAGCAGUGCAUAAGCUCGCAGAAAAGCCAUACAUUAUAGUUGGGUUGCACUUUGAUCAGGAAGUGAACCGCUACAAAGGGAAAAACUACCCCAUCAUGAAUGUCCAUGAGAGGACGCUCAGCGUGCUGGCUUGUCGAUACGUGUCAGAAGUGGUGAUUGGUGCGCCAUUUGCAGUCACAAAAGAUUUACUGGACCAUUUCAAGGUGGAUCUUGUAUGCCAUGGGAAGACAGUAAUAUAUCCUGACAAGGAUGGAUCUGACCCUUAUGCUGAGCCGAGAAGAAAAGAAAUCCUGCGGACUGUUGACAGUGGGAACAGCCUUACGACAGAUGCCAUUGUACAAAGAAUAAUCAAAAAUAGGUUGCUAUUUGAAGCAAGGAAUCAGAAGAAAGAGGCCAAAGAGAUUGCUGUGAUCCAGGCCAUGAAGCGGCAAGAAGAGGAGAAAACUAAAGAAAGAGUCCAGGCUGUCGUGUAGGAAGGCCGUGUAAACAAGCACCAUCGACUAAGUGUCAACAUAACACUGAUAAUUAAUCUAAACUCAACAUAACACUGACAAUUAGUCUAAACUCAACAUAACACUGACCAUUAGUCUAAACUCAACACAACACUGACAAUUAAUCUAAACUCAUGUACAAUGAAAUCAGCUCUUACUGUAUAUGUAUGACUAACCUCCACACAACAAUCCUGGCUGAUAACAGCAGUCCUUAGAGCAGCCCGUUUAUAGCCAGAAGGAUAAAGUCUGCUGUGUGAUCAUCAGGUAUAUAGUGUGUGUGUGUGUGUGUGUGUGUGUGUGUGUGUGUGUGUGUGUGUGUGUGUGUGCGUGCGUGCGUGCGUGUGUGCGUGUGUGUGUGUGUGUGUGUGUGUGUGUGUGUGUGUGUGUGUGUGUGUGUGUGUGUGUGUGUGUGUGUGUGUGUGUUUCUUUGUGUGUGGGGCUCUUCUGUGUAUUAUAUUCGGCAUAUGCAAAUACAUGUUCAUGUCAGUCACAUGUACAAACUAUGAAGUUAUGGACUGUAUAGGUUGGAGCAAGAAAGACAAAACUGUGUUUCUAAAUAUCCUUUUUUUGCCUUCAGAAAUAUAUUGGGAUUUGGACAUAUGAAGGGCAAGUGUGUGUUAAGAUGUGGGCAGGCAUUAAACUGUAACAAGGAAGUGAUUUGAUUAAUUAAUACCCAUUGCUGCUUUUUUCCCAGCAAUGGGUGUGGACCCACAUCUGAUCUAUCUACUUAUAAAUUGUAUGUACUGUAUAUUAUAGAGUGAUGACUGGCUCUCUGGAUGAUGCUAAAACCACUAGAGAAUUGCUUCACUGAAUCUAACUUGGGUUGUUUGACUGUGAGAAAGUGUUGAAACUCUUCCGGGACCUCAUGUACAUAUCAGAACCUUUCUCUAGACUGCACUGACUGCUCAGAAAGUCAUCAGAACUAUUCUGUUUUACAGGUUUUACAGCAGGUUUUUAACUCAAAAAUGCACACUGUCCAGAUUUGCACGACUGGCCUUUUGAGUGGAAUUGUAAUUUUUCUUUAAACACUCCUUAUCCUAAUAUAUAGAAACACUACAGAGUUCUAAGAGACUGCUUUUAAUCAUUCGUUUUCUUAGUAUAACUAGAGGACUAUGACAGAUGCUCAGUGACGUUAACUUAAUCAUGAAAUAGAUAUUUUACUGUCAUUGAGCCUUGAACAAACAUCUGUCUCUAUAUCAAAUGGGAUUAAAUACUAUAUUUUUUGUAAAUGUAUAUUUUACUCACAUCCUCUCCAUUAACUAUUGUAUAGAUGGUUUCAUAUUGUUACAAAAAAGCUUAAUAAUAUGUCUGUAUGUCAAGUUGGAAUGUAUUCAGUAGAGUAUAAUGUAUUGUGCUAUUGAAAUCUCCCAGUUGAUGAAUACUGUAGAAACUGAUUGGACUACAGCAGUGUAUGAAAUUCGGCCAAAAUAGGAGCUAGACCACAGGGCUAGUAACUUUCAAAAGUUACUAGCCCUGGUGUAAAGUUACUAGACCAAGCAAAUCAAUGUAUGUCGUAGGCACGCGCAUCACGUUUUCACAUCAUACACCACAAUUUUCAUAAUAAUAAUAAUAAAAAAAGUGAUUUGGCGGACUUUCAGCUCAGAAAAGAUCAAAUUG